UUAGACGUGCGAGAGGCGUCCGUCCGUCUGUCCGGGCGCAACAGAAACACGCGUGCCCGCCGAGUUUAAUUUCCCGUCGACGUAUAGUUUGUGCGCCUCCGCGUGAUUUUUCGACUGAUGCUUGUGUUGUACGCGAGGCGGAGGCGGGCGGCCGAAAAAGUUCGUCCGGAAACUUAAAACGCUUUUCCCGCGAGUAAGACCACAGAUUUCGUAUGGCUGCGGGCGGCAUCGUUUCGUGUAAUAUGUUUGUUUUUCGCGAACGGUAGAUAUGUGUAGUAUAAUACAAGGUUAAAAGUGGAACGUGCCGGUGGUGGAUGGUGUCCCAAGCCACCGGUGGAACAAGGCGUCCGGGAGUGGCUGCAAGUGAACUUUGAGACAGUGCACAUGAUCACUGGAGUGCAAACACAGGGACGAUUUGGCCACGGGCGUGGACUCGAGUAUGCUGAAGAAUACACAUUGGAGUACUGGAGGCCCGGGAUGGCGGAAUGGAAACCUUACAAGCGAUGGGACGGAAAACAGAUAAUGUCCGGCAACACGGAUACCUCGACCGUGGUCUUGCACCAUCUGCUUCCGCCCGUCUACGCAUCGCAAGUACGCAUAUUGCCGUACAGCGUUCACCGUCGCACCGUUUGCCUGAGGGCAGAGAUCAGAGGAUGCCCGUCCGACCAUGGAAUAACCAGUUACACGAUCCCAGUUGACGGAUCUGCGAGUGACAAUACGGACGUAGCAGACCUUUCAUACGACGGUGUGGUGCGAGGUGACAAAAUUCAAGGAGGUCUCGGACGUUUGGUUGACGGUGUGCGCGGAGAGGAUAACUAUAAAAUGGAUAUCGGUUACGGAAAAGGUAACGGAUGGGUUGGAUGGCGUAAAGAAUCAUUCUCAAAGGGAUAUGUGGAACUAAUAUUCGAAUUUAGCGAAGUAAGAAAUUUUUCGGCUGUGCACAUAUUCACCAACAAUUUUUUCAGCAAAAACGUACAGGUUUUUUCAAAAGCAAGAGUGCAGUUCAGCGUGGGAGGACUACACUAUCAAGGACGAUCAGUCUGGUAUACGUACAUGCCGGAUACGGUGUUGGAAAAUGCCAGAGAUGUUGACAUACAGUUACAUAAUCACGUUGGCAAGUACGUGAAAAUCCAACUUUACUUCUACAGCAAAUGGAUAAUGAUCAGCGAAGUGAAGUUUGAUUCCGAACCGUUGGCUCAGAACGUGACGGUGGACGCGGACGCGCCGUUCGAGGACGAGCAGCUAGUCGGAGGAGCGGUGGAUCCGCCUUGGGACUCUCCCGACACCACUGCACACAAGGAAAAGGAUGACAGGACCGGUGGAGGGCUGGUGGAAGUGCUCAUCGGCGUGCUGACGGCAGCCACACUCAUCUUGCUUGGAAUUUGCGCCAUUGUGUUAGCUCUGAGCCGCCGUAAGAAGCAUCAGACAAUCAGCACAUCAAUAUUCAAAAAGCCGUUUGGCGUGGCCAUCAACAUGAAGGACAUAUUCAUGAACCUGUCACCGCACAACAACAACACUACCGGCGUUAGUAACAAUAACAACAACAACCAUAACCACGGUUCGGGUAUCGGAGGUGGCAAUCGGCACAUCACCGAAAACCCGUUGGUGGUUGGUGAACAGAUGCGCAGCGACAGUUUCGCGUCGGAUGCUUACGACAAAUCACAACACGUUGUUUACGAAACGCCACUAUUAGCACGCAAAGACUACGAGACGAUUCGCAGUAGCAAAGACGCGAGGAGCACGAUUUCCGCAAAGGAGUUUUGUCGCAGCGACUCAGAACGCGGAUCGCUGAGCAGCCUGGAGAUCGACGUCCGGCCCGCCGAAUAUUCAACAAGGGACAGCGUCACUUCGUUGCACUACCGGAGCCUGCAGAGUCAACCGCCGCCGCCGCCGGUGCCGGUUCAGGUUGACGCCCCGGUUCGGCCCAAACACCUCCAGUGCAACACCACCGACGUACCGGCCACCAGAAAAAGAUUUCACACGGCACCCCGUGAAAAACACAGAAUGGCGCCCCCUUCGGUUUCGUGGAACAUUAGUCCCAGCAUGGGCCAGGUGUACAAGUGCCGGGAAGCGGACAUUGUGCAGAUACCGCGGUACUGUUUGAACGUGGUCAGCAAACUGGGAGCCUCACACCUUGGAGAGGUGGCCGUGUGCGAGACGACAAUGGACGUCCGCUUGACGGAUAACGGACGCGUGGCGGCCAAAACUUGCAACUCCGACUCGACCAGGGAAGUCAAGUUCUUAUGCAGCCUGCUCGAUCCGAACCUGGUGCGUGUGUUUGGGGUGUGUGCCAACGAGUCGCCACCGUGGUUGAUCACUGAAUACCCGGCAGAGCUUGGAGACCUGGUCAUAGUGUUGAGGACGCACUCUGCGCUAACGUAUACGACGCUUAUGUUCAUGGCCACUCAAAUCGCAUCGGCCAUGAAGUAUCUGGAAUCUAAGAACGUGGUGCACAAAGAUUUGGCGGCCAGAAACUGUCUGGUUUCAAGAGGCUAUUCGAUCAAAGUGGCCGACGUGGCGGUGUGCAAUCCGGCUUACAAAAAGGACUAUAGCGAAAUCGGAAACAGACCUCCGGCACCAAUUCGGUGGCUUCCGUGGGAAAGCAUACUACUGGAUCGAUACACGUGUCCGAGCACAGUAUGGUCAUUCGCCGUAACAAUGUGGGAACUGUUGAACAUGGCCAGAGAUAAACCAUUCCCGCACCUCACCAACGAGCAGGUCAUACACAACGCUGAGCAGAUGUACUACGGAGGAGAGCUACAAGUACUUCUACCCAAACCUAACCUGUGCCCCACCGAGAUUUACGAGCUCAUGUGCCAAUGCUGGAAGCGCGAUCAAAACCUUAGGCCCACGUUCAAACAACUUUACCAUUUCCUGAAACGCAAUCACACAACGUACUCGUGCGAAAUUGACAAGCAACUGCACAACAUUUCACCGAUUUAAUAAGUUGUAUUAUUAGAUUAUAAUGUAAACCAUAAUAAUAUAUUAUUUAUUAUUAUUAUUAUUAUUAUUAUUAUUAUUAUUGUUUGUAAUCAUUUGUAAUAUUUGUAUAGGAAUAUUAGUGUAUUGCAUUCGUAUUAUGUAUACAUGUGUAUAUGUAAAUUGUAUAUUAUUAUGUGUAUGAAGAAUGUACAUUUUCUUGUUGAACCUAUUUUCUUUACCCGCUCUGUUCAAAAAUAUUCUCUCGAUCUGUAGCAUUCAACGACAUAGAUUAUUAUGAUACCUACAUAGGUUAACCGUAUAUAAAGUGAGAACAGGGUUUUGCUUCGUCUACUACUUUGUGAUAAAAACUUUUUUGAAAAAUCACAUUUUUUUUUCUAACUCCACAACCGGCUGAGACCGCCGGACAAACGCUUCGUGACAAUUUAUUUCCAUAAACUAUUUCAUAUCGUGUAUUUUUCUAAUUCGUGUAUACUUUUAUAUAAAUAAAUAUAUAUACCUAUAUAAUGUAAUUAAUAUUAAUAUUAUGUUGUAUAAUCGAAAACGUUGUUAGCUAGACAAUCAAUGUGGUAGGGUAUGUAAUAUAUUAAAUAUAUAUAUUAUGUUGGAAUGGGUUGUAAUUUCGAUAUCAUCUUUGUAAUAUAUUACAUUAAAAACGUUUUAUUAUAAUAGGCCUAAUUACUUCGAUAGGGUCUUACUAUUUAGGCUUAAUAUUAAUUAUGUAACAAUAAACUGUAUUAUAUAGUAAUAAAUAAUGAUUAGUAUUAUAAUAUAUUAUACAUAGUAUAUUAUACAUAGUAUAUUAAUACAUAAGAUCGGCUUAUGACGUGCAAUAAUGAGCAUUAUAUACACUAUUGUUUAGUUAAUAUUAAAUAUUAUAAUGUUCUUUUUUUUAAUUCGUUAGUUAAUGUGAUUAAAACGACCUGUAAACAUGUU